AUGGCUACCCCCAGUAUCCUAGGUUUUGACGCUGAGGGCAGAGCCAUAGACUUUGAGGUCUGGGUCGACGACCUGCAGUUGUUUUUACAGUGCGAUAGGGCAGACGGCCUUUCUCUCUUUGACCUCACCUCUUGCGCCUCUCCUGCCCCUGCUGCUGAUGCUGACCCCACUGUUCGCUCUCAGUGGGCCACCCGCGAUGCUGCUGCACGUCUUGCAGUGCGUCGCCACUUGCCCACCACUAAGCGCGCGCACUUUAGUCAGUACAAGAGUGCUCAGACCUUGUACGACGCUGUAGUUGCGCGCUACUCUUCCCCUGCCACUACUGCACUGAGCCGUCUCAUGCUACUGUACCUCUUUCCUGAUCUCACUGCCUUUCCUACUGUCGCUGAUCUCAUAACGCACCUUCGCACUAGUGGACACUCGCUACCGCGCUGCCCUUCUUGCUCAGUUCUGCGCCAAGAACCCCCCCCCCCCAUGUACAUCGCUCUCUACUACAUAGUCACUCGUCUCCCUGACUCCCUCCGCGUAGUCAGGGACCACUUCCUCUUGGUCUGUCCCACCACCCUCACUUUCGACCUUCUCGAGAAGGCCCUCCUAGCGGCAGAGAAGAGUAUAGUCGCUGUAGGAGCCUCUCGUGGAGACCCGCGCACCCCCAUCUUUGAGGGGUGUUCUCCUUCCCCCCUGCUGCCCUCUGUUGCCUCUGCUGCUGCUGCCGACCUGCUCGGGGCAAGGGCGCGGGUGGAGCUGGCGGGGGCGGUGGAGGUGGCAAUGGAGGCGGCGGAGGGAGUGGGGGUGGCGGUGGGAGUGGUGACGGGAGUGGUGGUGGUAGCGGCGCCAAGUGGCGGCGGAGGUGGUGACGGCGAAGGCGGUGGGAGCGGAGGCGGUGGAGGUGGCGGCGGUGGAGGCGGUGGUGGCGGAGGAGGUGGAGCUGCGAUCUUUGAGCUGGACUUUGAUGCUAUCCUUGCUGCCAUGUAUGCUGUGUCUAUUAGUGAUGAGGGUGACUGUUACCGGUGUUUCCCGCCCGACCCGGGCAUUGGUACUGCUGCGUUCGGUACUUGUGAGGCGUCUACUCUAGGUGCCAGAGCGGCUGCGCUCUCAAGUACUGGUGAGGCUGCGCUCUCAGCUGCCCCCUCGGGCACCCUGUCUGGCCUGUACCUCCCCUCGUUCUCGACGAACUUGGUGAGUGGUGCGGACUUGCAGAUGCGGGGGCUCACCAAUUCACUCCUGCGAGUCAGCGCUGCGUCAAGUCAGGUGUUUGCUGCUGCGUCCCGGUCUGGCCCUGAGUCUGCCCCCUAUUCGUGUCGUAUUCUGUCUCAACGAGACUCUCCUGUGGCACCACCGUCUUGGCCACCCCUCCUUGCCCCGUCUUCGGAGCAUGGCUUCCCGUGUCCUUGUCAUAGGGGCGCCUCAGGGCUGCUCCUCACUUCCUCCCAGUUUCCCCCGACAGAGGCUCCUCUGCAGACACUUCACAUGGACGUGUGGGGCCCGGCCCCCGUCCGGUGGCAGUUCUACCACCCCUCCUCUCGUCGUGUUCUGUCCUCCCAGGACGUCACGUUCGACGAGUCAGUCCCCUUCUACCGCCUCUUCCCCUACCGCACUCCUUGCCUCCCCCCGCCACCGGACUUCCUUGUGCCGGCUCCCCCCCCGUUAGACCCCCUCCCCCCUCAGGUUCCUGCCCCCUCAGGUGUGUCCCAGGUAGACGCCGUUGACCCGGUCGAGGUUACUGGUGACUCUGGUGCUGCUGCGCGUGCUGAGCGUGGGGUGCUGACUCUGGGGGUGUUUCGGGAGCUGGUGAGCCUGGGGGUGCUGCGUCUGGAGGUGCUGAGCCUGGAGGUGCCUGCGUCUGGGGGUACUGCGCCUGGAGCUGCUGAGCCUGGGGUUUCUCCUGGUGCUCCGUCUCGGCGGGAGCCUCUCUCUCCACAGGAGCUGCGCGAGUGGUUUGCUCGCCGCUGGAGGCGUACUGCUGGAACUGGACCUUCUUCAACCGCUGAGGGUGCUGGUACCACCGGUCCCGGAGCUGCUGGGCCUGCGGGUCCUACUGGAGCUGGAGCUGCUGAGGGUGUUGGUGCUGAGACUACUGCUGUCUGUCCUGGCGGUGGUCCAGCUGCUGGUGCUGCUGGAGGUCCUGCCGCUGGGGGUGUUGGUGGCGCUGGUGCAGCCGCUCGAGGUGUUGGUGGCGCUGGUGCAGACGUUGGAGGUGCUGGUGGCGCUGGUGCAGCCGGUGGAGGUGCUGGUGGCGCUGGCACAGCCGCUGAGGGUGCUAGUGCUGUCCCUGCUGGGUCUAGAGCUGCCGCGCGGCCUCGGCCGUACUUCGUUCCGCUUCUACAGCAGUCGGACUCUCUUCGUGCUGCCAGUCCUACUGUCACGCGUCUUCUUGCUACUGUCGUCACUGACCCCUCUUUUGAGUCCACUGCUGCGUCUGCUCUUGUCGCUGAGCUCGUUGACUUUGCUGCUCGCUGUCGUCUAGACUACGCUGCUUGUCUUGUUGCUGAGUCUGCGUCUGUCUGUCCUCCGUCCGUCGGGGGUGAGUGUGCUCUUGGCACGGACGUCCUUGAGGACAGGCAGGAGGAGUUCCAGUGUCUGGCUGCUGCUUCACCUCAUCUCGCGUCUGUACUGCUUGCCCCUGAGGGAGACCCGGAUGCACUAGACAUCCCGACUCCGCGCUCUUACGCGGAGGCCGUUGAGGGUCCCUACUCCUCUCAGUGGGUGAAGCGGCUGCCUGGCUCUCCACCUGUCUUCAAGGCGCGGUACAUUGCUCGUGGCUUCAGUCAGCGGCAGGGAGUUGACUACUUUCAGACCUUCUCUCCCACCCCGAAGAUGACCACUCUUCGGGUGCUGCUACACAUAGCCGCUCAGCGCGACUACGAGCUUCACUCUCUUGACUUCAGCACUGCUUUCUUGCAGGGCAGCUUGCACGAGGAGAUCUGGCUGCGCCCUCCGCCUGGCUUCACUGGGACUUUCCCUCCUGGCACCCAGUGGAGCCUCCAACGGCUAGUCUACAGUCUCUGCCAGGCACCGCGUGAGUGGCACGACACACUGAGGACUACGCUUGCGGCUCUUGGGUUUGCUCCCUCUACUCCAGACCCGUCGUUGUUUCUGCGCACCGACACUUCUCUGCCGCCGUUCUACAUCCUCGUGUACGUCGACGACUUGGUCUUUGCCACUGCUGACACUGCUGGACUCGCCUACAUGAAGUCCGAGCUGCUGAAGAGACACACGUGCACAGACCUGG